UUUGAAUGCAUCCAUGGCGAAACCAGCUAUUUCUAUGGGUGACAACCACUGCUUCUGGAAGACUAGCAAGUUUCGAGCUAUCCAUAGCUCCAAACCAGGUGUGCCGCUCUAUUCUUGUCUCUGUUUCUGUGUUCUUCUUAGAUAUUAUUCCACCAUUUCCAAAUUUUCUCAAGAGCGUCUCUCACUGGAAGUUCAGCUAUGUCUCACACUAGAAAUUCAGCUGAUUUUCAUGCACCAACGAUUGAUUUAGGACAUGAGACCAACAAGUGAGUAACUGAUUCUUCAGAUUGAUUUUAUUUGGGAUACAUUGAACUCUUUGAUUGAGUUUUUGCCAGAAUCGCGAUUUUAUUGUGAAUGAUUUUUUCAUAGAAAAUUUGUAAAUAAUUUAAUGUUCUUAAAUUGUUUAAAUAAAUAAUUUAAUGUUCUUAAAUUGUUUUAUUUUUUAAAGAUAGGUUAUUUUAUUCAAUUAAUACAAUUGAAUAUAAAUUAUCCAAACGAAGGCAACAACAAGAUCAAAAUGAAAAUUUUUACAAGACGAUAUUUUUUAACAAUUACAGAACACGAGUUUAUCCAUCAUCAAAGUACGGAUACUAAUAAAACUUUUUCUUUAAAUGCAUUCAUGGCCAAACGAGCUAACUUCCAUGGGUGACAGACAAACGAGCUAUACUUCCAUAGGUGCAGCUUCUUUUCGAAGACUAGGAAGUUCUGAAUUUUCCUAGCUCCAAAUCAGGUGUCCUGUUCUAUUCUUCUUUUUUGUCUGUCUGGUUCUUCGAAGUUCUUAGCAGAGAUUAUCCAAUGAGUAAUUAAUUAUUCUGAUUGAUUAUAUUUGGGCACAUCGGUUUAACACUGUAAAUUUUCCAUAGAAAUUUUUUGUUAUUUAGCUGACGUCUCAGUUACCAAAUUAAAGAGUACAAAGGCAUUUAUCUAUACUGCUCUGGUAAUUAAUCUAAUGGGAGAUAGAAGAGCCGAUAAGCCAAUGAAUAUGCCGAAAAGAUUGAGUACUGCGAGUUCUACUCUCUUGACCUGGCUUGUCGGACGCUGGUAAUCUGGGAAGGAAUUUCAAGUGGAAACUUGCCAACAAAGGAACUCUAACACAGGCUGAAUUUUGAUUUGAAGUUUGUUUUCUAACAUAAUCAUGGAAGAUCAGUUUUUCUCUGAGGGAGAGGGAAUUGGGUAUUGGACACCUCCUGGCGCUCAAUUCGAUGGACCAAGCAUGAUAGACAACGGAAUAACAAAUCUUGUAUCAGAGGAGAUGCUUGACAACCUCCCUGAUCUCAUGAACUUCGAUAACCUUGCUGGUUGGGUGGAACAGGACAAUGAUCCAUACUUUAUGACAAAAGAUUGUGAAAAUUAUAAUGCUACUGAAACCUCCUUGAGUUUCGAUGAGAAGGCUGUGUUACAGCAAUUGGAGACCCAACUUGGGUUGUCAGAAGAUGCAAAUGAUAUGAAUAACAUAAAUGGAUCACUUCAAGAAUUGAGUGCUGCUGACAUGGGAAAUUGCUUGGUGCCUAGACCAUUUGCUUGGUCGCUUGAUGAGAGAAUGCUGAGGGCUAUGGACUUGUUUAAGGAAUCAAUUGGUGAUGGAAUAUUGACACAAGUUUGGGCACCAUUGAAGCAUGGUAAUGACUUCAUCUUAAGCACAAGUGAGCAACCCUAUUUGCUAGAUCACAUGCUAGCUGGAUACCGAGACGUGUCGAGGCAAUUUACCUUUUCUGCUGAAGAUAAACCAGGGUCUUUUCCAGGGCUUCCCGGACGUGUGUUUAUCUCCCAAAUUCCUGAAUGGACUUCCAAUGUUGGGUACUACAAUAAAAGUGAGUUCCUGAGGGUGGAGCAUGCAAUUAAUCAUGAGGUUCGUGGAUCAAUUGCGAUUCCCAUAAUUGAUACGCUCGCUGAACCACCUUGUUGUGCUGUACUAGAACUUGUCACUACAAAGGAAAAGACUGAUUUUGAUAGAGAACUAGAAAUUGUUAGCAGUGCACUCCAGCUUGUUAAUUUAAGGACUACUACGCCUCCACGACUUAUGUCCCAGUGUCUAUCAAAUAACAAAAGAGCAGCUUUAACAGAGAUAAUUGAUGUGUUACGAGCUGUGUGUCAUGCGCAUCGUUUGCCACUGGCAUUGACAUGGAUCCCCUGUUAUUAUAGUGAGGGAGUAGGAGAUGAAGCUUCAAGGAUACGGAUUAAAGAUGGGCCUAAAAUUCCUGGUGAAAAAACUGUAUUAUGCAUUGAAGAAUCAGCUUGCUAUAUAAAUGAUAUUGUGGUAGGAGGAUUUGUUCAUGCAUGUGUUGAACAUUAUCUCGAGGAAGGGCAAGGUGUAGCUGGGAAAGCUCUUCAAUCAAAUCGUCCAUUCUUCUGUCCCGAUGUGAAGGCCUAUAAUAUUAGUGAAUAUCCCCUUGUUCACCAUGCGCGAAAAUAUAAGUUGAAUGCUGCCGUUGCAGUCAGGCUAAGGAGUAUUCAUACCAAUGAUGAUGAUUACAUAAUAGAAUUCUUUCUACCUGUCAAUAUGAAUAGAAGUGAAGAACAGCAACUUUUAUUAGACAAUCUAUCAGGUACUGUGCAGAGAAUGUGUCAGAGUUUGAGGAUAGUUUCGGAUGCUGAAUUACACGGGGUAGAAGGUUCGCAAGUGCAGUUUUCAAAGGAAGAAGGCUCUCAUAUGGCGCCGGAUGGUGACCAUGAUUCAGUCCAGCCUAUGUCCAUGACAAACAAUGAAAGUGAAGCUGCUCAUAACCAGGCAAUGGAUGGAUCAAGAAAGCAGACUGAGAAAAAGAAAAGUUCAGUGGAGAAGAAUUUUAGCUUGAGUGUUCUCCAGCAAUAUUUCUCCGGUAGUCUUAAAGAUGCGGCUAAAAGCCUUGGUGUUUGCCCAACAACCCUGAAAAGGAUAUGCAGGCAACACGGAAUUUCAAGAUGGCCAUCGCGCAAGAUCAAUAAAGUUAAUCGUUCGUUAAAGAAAAUACAAACCGUGCUUGACUCAGUCAAGGGUGUGGAAGGAGGACUGGAGUUUGAUCCUUACAAGGGGGGAUUUAUGCCAGGAGGAUCAAAAAUUACUGUCAAAGCUGUCUACAAAGAAGAUAUUAUCCGUUUUAAGUUUGACCCUGCAGCUGGUUGUCUCCAGCUCUAUGAAGAAGUUGCAACAAGAUUCAAAUUACAAAUCGGAUCUUUCCAGCUGAAGUAUCUCGACGAUGACGAGGAAUGGAUGAUGAUGGUAAAUGACUCAGAUUUGAAAGAAUGCAUAGAAAUAUUGAAUGAUCUUGGCACCCGUGCUGUGAAAUUGCUUGUUAGCGAGACAUGCCUAGUGGUUUGA